AUGCCUCGACUUCUACCACAGUCUGACUCCGAGGCUUCCUCGCGUGCCGACACUCCUAUGACUGACGUGAACGAUGUGCCUUCCCGUCGGCCUCAUCGCCCAUCUUUCGGUCACCUCAAUCCAUACCUCGAUGAUACCCCAGACUACACAGACUCCGAUACGAAUCCAAAUACCACUGCUAGCAGCGUGGCUGGGGAUGUACCGCAGACCGAUGGACGCAAGAAACGAACUGAGGCCUUGCAAUUGAGAAAGAGUAUCUUGGGCAAGAAACACGGCCAGCUGGGUGAAUCCAAAGAGAAUGACUCCAUUAGACGCUUUAAAUAUUUACUCGGUCUGACCGACCUCUUCCGCCACUUCAUCGACACGAAUCCCAAUCCUCGAAUCAAGGAAAUCUUGGCUGAGAUUGAUCGUCAGAACGCCGAACAGGAGGCUAAGGCCAAGAAGGGUGUGUCGCGCAAAGGAGGUGCUGCUGGUGCCAACAAGCGGAAAACCGAGCAAGAGGAAGAUGCAGAGCUGUUGCGCGAUGAGAAACGUGGUACAGCCUCUCAGACAAUCUUCAGAGAUUCUCCAGCCUUUAUCCAAGGUGGCGAGAUGCGCGACUACCAAGUUGCCGGCCUUAAUUGGCUAAUCUCCCUCCACGAGAAUGGUAUCUCUGGCAUCCUCGCCGAUGAGAUGGGACUAGGCAAAACUCUGCAGACCAUCUCAUUCCUCGGCUACUUGCGCCACAUUUGCGACAUCACCGGUCCUCACCUGGUCGCUGUCCCCAAAUCUACACUGGAUAAUUGGGCACGCGAAUUCAAAAAGUGGACGCCAGAAGUCAAUGUUCUCGUUCUACAAGGUGCGAAGGACGACAGACAGCAGCUUAUCAAGGAUCGCGUCGUCGACGAGAAAUUUGACGUUCUGGUCACCAGCUACGAGAUGAUUCUCCGCGAGAAGUCCCACCUCCGCAAAUUUGCUUGGGAGUACAUCAUUGUUGACGAAGCUCACCGCAUCAAGAAUGAAGAAUCCUCUCUUGCCCAGAUCAUUCGCGAGUUCAACUCACGGAAUCGGCUCCUCAUUACAGGCACCCCUCUACAGAAUAACCUCCACGAGCUAUGGGCGUUACUCAACUUCCUUAUGCCUGACGUAUUUGGCGACUCUGAAGCGUUUGACCAGUGGUUCUCUGGUCAGGAUGCGGAUCAAGACACUGUCGUACAACAACUUCAUCGUGUGUUACGACCUUUCCUCCUGCGUCGAGUGAAGAGUGACGUGGAGAAGAGUCUACUGCCAAAGAAAGAGCUCAACUUGUAUGUUGGCAUGUCGGAGAUGCAGGUGAAGUGGUACCAGAAAAUCUUGGAGAAGGAUAUUGAUGCUGUCAAUGGCGCGGGCGGAAAGCGUGAGUCCAAGACGAGAUUGCUCAACAUUGUCAUGCAGCUGCGCAAGUGCUGCAAUCACCCUUAUCUUUUCGAUGGUGCCGAGCCUGGCCCUCCGUAUACCACGGACGAGCACUUGGUGUACAAUUCUGGAAAGAUGCUCAUUCUUGACAAGAUUCUGACGAGGAUGCACGAACAAGGAAGCCGAGUGCUCAUCUUCUCGCAGAUGAGUCGUGUUCUUGACAUUCUGGAGGACUACUGCGUAUUCCGUGGACAUCAGUACUGCCGCAUCGACGGUGGCACGGCGCAUGAGGAUCGGAUUGCGGCCAUCGACACAUACAAUGCCCCUGGCUCGGAGAAGUUCAUCUUCCUCCUCACCACGCGUGCUGGUGGUCUUGGUAUCAACCUAACCUCCGCCGAUAUCGUUGUAUUGUACGACAGCGACUGGAAUCCUCAGGCCGAUCUUCAAGCCAUGGAUCGUGCUCACCGUAUUGGGCAAACUAAGCAGGUCAAAGUGUUUCGGUUUGUAACCGAGAAUGCCAUCGAAGAGAAAGUCCUCGAACGUGCGGCGCAGAAACUGCGACUUGACCAGCUUGUGAUCCAGCAGGGCCGAGCUCAGCAACAGCAGAAGCAGGCUGCUUCGAAAGACGAGCUGCUCAACAUGAUUCAGCACGGUGCCGAGAAGGUCUUCGAGACCAAAGGCGCCGUUGGUGCGCUCGAUGACAUCGAUGAAAUCCUCCAGCGCGGUGAGGCACGUACUCUUGAGCUCAAUGCCAAGUACGAAAAACUAGGAAUUGAUGACCUUCAGAAAUUCACAUCUGACAAUGCCUACGAAUGGAACGGCGAGGAUUUCACCAACCGUCGCAAGGAAAAUAUAGGCAUCUCCUGGAUCAACCCGGCUAAGCGAGAGCGCAAAGAGCAGUUCUAUUCCAUCGACAAAUACUACCGCAACGCCCUUAGCACGGGCGGAAAGAAGGAGGAGCCCAAGCAGAAGAUCCCUCGUGCGCCCAAACAGGUCAAUAUCCACGAUUGGCAGUUCUUCCCCGAUGGUCUGCGCGAGCUUCAAGAUAAAGAGACCGCGUACUAUCACAAAGAGAUCGGUUUCAAGGCGCCUCUGCCUGAAGAUGAUCGGUCUGACAGCGAGCGUCAAGCUGAUCAAGAAAUUGAGCAGCAGACCAUCGACAACGCAGAACCUUUGACCGACCGUGAGAAGGAACUCAAACUCGAAAUGCAAGAACAGGGUUACGGUCACUGGAAUCGCCGUGACUUCCAGCAGUUCGUCAAUGGAUCCGGCCGUUAUGGCCGCAAGAACUUCGAAGGCAUCAGUAUCGAAGUGGACAGCAAGACCGUGGAAGAAAUUAAAGAAUACGCCAAAGCUUUCUGGGAAAACUACGAGCUCAUUGAAGGUUGGGAAAAGCAUAUCGCCUCCAUCGAAGCCGGCGAGGAACGAUUACGUCGCACUGAACAUCAGCGAAAAAUGCUGCGGAAGAAGAUGCAAAUGUAUCGUGUCCCUCUUCAGCAGCUCAAGAUCAACUACACUGUCUCAACCACCAACAAGAAAGUAUACACAGAAGAAGAGGACCGAUUUCUUCUUGUUAUGCUGGAUCGUCAUGGCCUUGAGUCGGAGAAUCUCUACGAACAGAUUCGCGAUGACAUCCGUGAAAGUCCGCUCUUUCGCUUCGAUUGGUUUUUCCUCAGUCGCACCCCCAUUGAAAUCGGCCGGCGCUGUACAACAUUGCUCAACACCGUUGCACGUGAGUUUGGCGAUCCGGACGAAAAGCUCACCAACGGUCAUGCCAGUGGCAAGGGUCGGGGUAGAAACCGUGAUGACAGUGAGGACGAGGAGGAAGAAGAAGAAGUGCCGGCGAAGAAGAAAGCCAAGAACGGUGUCGUGAACAAGAAAGUGAAGGCCGUCAAAUCGGGCACCGGCAGCAAGGCAACAAGCCCAGCAAUGUCUCGAGCCCAGAGCGUCAGUUCCACAGCGCCUGUCAAGGGAAAGAAAGGUGGGAAGAAGAGGUGA